AUCACAUCAGCCAAUCACAUUUAUCCACAUAGACUACUAUAGUAAUUUAAGCAACGUCCGUUGACAAUUGUGUUUAUCGCGAACAGUGGACCUACCAUCAUGAGGUCUCCAUGGUUUUUGUUGUUAUCUUACCUCUUUUGUGUCGUUAUUUGUGAAGAAAAGAAAGAAGAUUAUGGAACUGUUAUCGGCAUUGAUUUAGGAACUACAUAUUCAUGUGUCGGGGUAUUUCAGGGUGGAAGAGUGGAAAUAAUCGCCAACGAUCAGGGUAAUAGGAUUACUCCUUCUUAUGUGGCAUUCACUACGGAAGGUGAACGGCUUAUUGGAGAUGCUGCCAAACACCAACUUACCUCCAACCCUGAGAACACAGUUUUUGAUGUCAAGAGACUCAUUGGAAGAACUUUUGAUGAGCAGUCAGUACAAGACGAUAUUAAGCACUACCCUUUCAAAGUUGUCAACAAAAAGAAUAAACCCUAUGUUGAAGUGAAAGUUGGUGCUGAAACAAAGUCGUUUGCUCCAGAAGAGAUUUCUGCUAUGGUUUUAGGAAAGAUGAAAGAAAGUGCUGAAGCAUAUUUGGGUAAAAAGGUGACACAUGCCGUAGUUACUGUGCCAGCCUACUUCAGUGAUGCUCAACGUCAGGCAACAAAAGAUGCUGGUACCAUUGCAGGGUUGAAUGUGCUUCGUAUUAUUAACGAACCAACUGCAGCUGCAAUUGCCUACGGUUUGGACAAAAAGGAAGGUGAGAAGAAUAUCCUCGUUUUUGAUCUUGGGGGUGGUACGUUCGAUGUUUCUUUGCUCACCAUUGAGAAUGGAGUGUUUGAAGUGGUUGCCACGAAUGGUGAUACACAUCUGGGUGGGGAAGAUUUUGACCAACGUGUUAUUGAUCAUUUCGCAAAGUUGAUUCUUAAGAAAAAAGGUAAAGAUAUUAAAACAGACAAACGUGCUGUACAGAAGUUGAGACGUGAGGUUGAGAAGGCGAAGAGGACUUUGAGUACAAUGCAAACUGUGCGAGUUGAGAUUGAAUCUCUGAUUGAUGGUGAGGAUUUUUCUGAAACUCUUACACGAGCCGUAUUUGAAAAGUUAAAUAUGGAUUUAUUCACGAGGACUUUGGAGCCUGUUAAGAAGGUCCUGCAAGAUGCCAGUAUGAAGAAAGAAGAGAUUGACGAGAUUGUCUUGGUUGGUGGAUCCACUCGAAUUCCGAAAGUCCAGCAACUACUGCAGGAUUUCUUUGACGGCAAAGAACCAAACAGAGGAGUUAAUCCUGAUGAAGCAGUCGCUUAUGGUGCAGCUGUACAGGGUGGUGUUAUAGGUGGUGUAGAAAAUACUGGAGGUGUUGUGUUGCUGGAUGUUUGUCCCUUGACACUGGGUAUUGAAACAGUUGGUGGUGUAAUGACAAAACUCAUCCCAAGAAAUACAGUUAUUCCAACAAAGAAAUCGCAAAUAUUUUCUACAGCUGCCGAUAACCAACCUACUGUGACCAUUCAAGUAUUCGAGGGUGAACGAGCAAUGACAAAGUUCAACCAUUUCCUUGGUAAAUUUGAUUUGACUGGUAUUCCUCCAGCACUACGUGGUGUUCCACAAAUUGAAGUUACCUUCGAAAUCGAUGUAAACGGCAUAUUGAGAGUAUCAGCGGAAGAUAAAGGAACAGGUAAAUCAAACAAAAUUGAGAUCAAUAAGGAACAAAACCGUCUCAAUCCUGAAGAAAUCGAGAAGAUGAUCAAUGAUGCUGAACAAUUUGCAGCAUCUGAUAAGAAACUGAAAGAGCGCGUCGAUGCCAGAAACGAACUUGAGAGUGCUGCUUAUACUCUAAAGGCACAAAUUGGUGAUAAGAAUCAGCUUGGAGAAAAGUUGAAACCAGAUGAUAAAAAGACAAUGGAAAAGAUUAUAGAAGAAACCAUCGCUUUCUUGGACAGUAACCCACAAGCAGAAGUUGAGGAAUUGAAACAGAAGAAGAAAGCAUUUGACGAGGUUGUCCAGCCAAUCAUUUCCUCCUUGUACCAACAGUCAGGUACUCCACCUCCUCAACCUGAUCAAGAAAAGGAUGAACUGUAGGUGAAUUUUGUUUUUGAUCCCGUUGUACAUUUCCCCACUGUGUUUUCUUCCCUUAUUUUACUUGUUUGAUAUAAAAGUAUGGUGAUACACUG